AUGACCGAGAUAAUGAGCAAUGGAAUAUACAAGAGCGCGAUUCAUAGAGUAGUGACAAACAGAGAAAAGGAAAGGAUAUCAGUGGCAACGUUUUGCAAUGCGGGUGCGGACAAAGAGCUUCAACCUGAAGAUGGGCUUGUGUCUGAGGCAAGACCAAGGUUGUACAAAACUAUUAAGAACUAUGGGGAGAUCUACUUCGAUUACUAUCAAAAGGGUCUCAGACCGAUCCAGACUGCAUUGAUCUAA